ACUUGUGGACGAAGUUCCAUCUUUGACUUCAUGGAAAAGAGUAAAAUGCUGCGUGAUCAUCGCACACCGACAAAAUGAUUUCCCUUGGUAUGCGUCGGGCGAGUUUGUUGAAUCACCCGGCUUCACUCCCCAAAGGGUUAAUUGUUUCCUACAUAUAAUCCAGUUCAACCCUGCGGAGACCCCUUCCACCUGGGAUUGAUCAUUUUCCAAUACGUGAGUGUAUCACGGCCUUGAUAAAGUUACUAGUUCUUGGUGUGCUCCAUCAUUAAAAGUUAGCAGGACCGGGAGUACUCGACACCGCCCGCGAUCGAUUUCGGCAUUUCCCUGGGACCUUCAGACUUCCAAAGGAUUGUGCAAAUCAUAGCGCUGGUGAAGGUUCAAUGGCAUCAAUUCACGCCUUACCCGUAGAAAUUAUUUCACACAUUUUUGUUCUUAGCGUCCAAGCCCAUGACACGAACCCUCUUCAGCUCUCCCAUGUUGAUGGACGACUGCGUGGAAUUGCUCUCUCGACGAAUAUAUGGGAUGGGAUGUUCGUAUACCGGGAACCGCGUGAUUUGGGGUGGCUUUGUUCCUUGGCUGCAGCAACCACUGGAGCCAUUGACCUCAUCGUUGAAGUAUCGCGGGAGGCUUUGUUGACGAACGAGGCUGGCAAGGGUCUCCCCUCCGCUUUCAUGCGACCCAAUGCACAUCGCCUUCGGAAAUUGAAUAUUAUAAUGCGUUCGGAGGUCGACGAAUACACACAUCGUCCUAACGACGACGAGACGGUGUUUCUCUUCCUUUCCAUUUUCGCACUUUCACUCCCAAAUUUGUCCUCUUUCCAUAUCGACUUGGGUUUCACCACGUGGAUUCCCCAGUCGUUUGGAGGACCCACUUGCGAUUCACUGCGCAGUGUUGAGAUACAUCAUGCAUCCUUGGAACAACUGGGAUUCUGGGGGAAGGGGUUUCUUCUGGAGCGUCUCACUCUGGACGUUGACCCCUUCGGGUCUGGAUACGGAUCUUUGCAACAAAUCCUAUCGCUUCAGUCGACGCUGCAGGAACUGCGCCUUACACUACCCCGUACACUACCCCGACCUCACAACGUCACGGAGAUUCUGCAUUUCCCAAAACUGAAGUUUUUCUGCUUCACAGCAAUGUCCUACACCCUGUUAACAAUAUUAUCGAUGCCAGCACUCCAGUGUCUCCAUCUCAAGCCUUUUGACUUAGAUGGACUCAACCCCGAGGAUAUGCAAGAAAUAGCUGCUUUGCAAAACUUUUUGUCUUUGCACGCUUCGACACUCAAAACUUUGAAGCAUAUACCAAUCGACCCAAACUGUGCCAGUGGGUCCAUGGGAGUGACAAGGGCGGAGCUUCGGGCUGUGGAUUCGAAAGUGUAUACCCCCGUUAUUUUGCCCGUUCUUAGCAAAGCUGCACUUUUGGUCUACGGACAGUUUAGUUAUAGCUUUCACGUUAUGCAUUGUCCUAACCUUGAGGAGUUGAACAUUAAGGUUGUGGAUGAAGUUCCAUCGUUCUCUCUCUUUGACUUUGUGGAAAGGAGUGCAAACGCAUUACGAUCCUUGCAUAUCACUAGAUGGACCGCCGAGUGCUCUUGGAGACCAGAGUCGUCUAUUCUCUCCUUGCCUUCGAAAUAUCUUUGCAGGCUGCUUCACUUCCCACAGCUGCAGGACUUUGUUUCCCAAUCUGCUCGCGGCGAUGAAAUAUUUGGUUUUGUUGGAUCUGCUCCCAAUCUCCGAGAUGUGCAUUUGAGUGGGGAAACUUUCGAAGAACUUAAGUAUACAUCUGACCCAACGGUGUGUAUGAAAGUCCCCUUUUCUCUCGCUUUGUUGACUGUCUGGACGAUUUUUAGCACAGACUUGACCUCCCUAGUUUGGAGACAUUGACUCUUGCACAAUUCUCACAGCAUAUUUGCGGCCUAAUCGCCCGAUCCUUGACGACAUUUAUUCUAUUCUCCCUUGAUGCACGCGUGCGACGAAGGCGGGAAGACGACGACAGUUGGCAAUCUGGCAACGAUGGCAAGGAUGC